AUGACGUCGCCUGCGAAUCAGCAGAACCCGAUCCCGGCGCCCAAUACCUUCGCGACCACGGCGACUUCUUAUGCCUCCGCUGCAGGUGCGCCUAAGAAAGCUGCUCAACCGUCCCAAGUCGCAACUGGUUCCCAACCUCCUGUCGUGGUUGGUUCUUCUUCUGCCUCUCUGGCACAGAAUGCGAACACCUCCUCGUCAUCUUCUGUGAACGGCAAACCCGCCGUCGCCCCUGCUGUCCCUGCUGUUGCCCGCGGUAGCUCUACCAACGGCUCCGGCGUGGACCACUCGAGAAAAGUUUCCGUCACCAUGGCUGCCAACGGCCCCAACUCCUACGCGGCCAAUGGUGGUGCCAAAUCUGGCAUUCAGUUUGGCUUCGAUUCGCCUGCCAUGGCACACAGCACUCCUCAUACUGCCAACGCUGCCCCUAUCCCUAUUCCUGGAGCUGGCAACCAUCGCGUGCCUUCGCCCGCCCACUCUCCGUCUCCGAUUCCCCAGCCAUCUGCCAGCGGUGGUCGACCUCCUUCCGGUCUCCCGGGCAGUGGCCAGAUGACAUUUGGCAGUCUCAGUAGCGAUGGCGAGCGCCACAUGAGACAGGGCUCUGUCCCUCCUAACCCGAAUGCAAUGGGAUCGCAGCCCGGAGCCCAUUAUAGACGCGAGUCGAGCCACUCUGUCCAGGGUGAUAACCGAGCCAACUUCCCUCCUCAAGGCGGCCGUGGCCGAGGAUUCAAUCCUCACAACCAGUACAACAAUCAGAUGGGAUACCCUCCCAACAACCAGUUUAGAAACGGUCCCGGCCAGGGCCGUGGAAUGCCUCCGUCAUUCCAGCCUCAGCCGCGCAACAUGCCGUAUCCCAACUCUCCCCAGCCGGCCCGAAGCCCUGCUCUCGUCCCGUCGAUGCCGAAUACUCCCAAUAUGCCUCCUGCGACGAUGCAGCCGAAUAUGACCAUGGGUACACCUCCUCAGUACCAUUAUCCGCCUCCAAUGGCACCUCAGCAUCAACAAGUACAGCCCCCUCUCCCCGACGUGUCUGAUAAGUUGCAUUUCAAGUCUUUCAAGAAGAGCAAGGCUCGCCGCGACCACGCCAAGUCCCUGCAGUCAGGGCGCCUAUUGGACUCUAUACGCGAGCUACGCGGAAGCGACCCUAGUCAGCCUCAACGCCGUUUCCAGCAGCGGCCAGAGCAACAGUGGCGUGACCGUGAUAUUGGUAGCAGUCGAAGUGAAGUGUCCGGUGGCGACGUUAGGUCGGCAGUGCAAUACCACAAUCAUCAUCUCCAUCAUCAUGCUCCUCCACCUCUGCCCAAGUUUGCCCCUCAAGACGCAUCUUCUCUUGAUUUAUCUCCCGAAAGUGGUGGAUUUGAACUUUGGCUGACUAUGAAGCAUCAGAACUAUGGUUAUCCUCCGCAGCAGAUGGAUCAGUACGGCCGACCCAUGUCCAUGCCAUAUGCCUACAACAACGUUCCGCCGUACAUGGGCCCUCCCCAAACUAACCCUCCAGCGUAUAACCAGCAGUUUGCGCCUCCCUAUGCUCCCCAACAAAGCCACAGCAUGUCUCGCACCCCGUCGCAACCCGAGCGACCUUCCAGCGCCAACCAGCAAGGCCAACCCCUCGUCGUCGGCUCAUCGCAGCCUCCCAACUCUCAGGGUAAACCUGGACCCAACAACUUUGUCAAGCCUAGGAAGAGCGCGGCUAUUCAGAUCAAGAAUGCCGCUGGUGAAGUUGUGGAUACGUCAACUUUCAAGCAACCCGUUUCCCCUGCUCCCACUGGUCAGCAGUCGAAAACUCCUCCUGUUGUGGCCUCAACUCCUACUCCUCCCCCCAAAUCAUCCACACCUGCUGCCCAUGGUCGCUCUGAGAGCACGGCUACCCCCAAGACGGCCAAGGAGAUUCAGGAUGAGUUGAAGGAGAAGAUUAAGCAAGCUACACAGGGAGCUGCCGCUAAUGAAGCCAAGAACAAGGAGCAGGCUGUCGCUACUACAACCAAGGCGCCAGCCGACGGCUCUGCCGAGAAAGACGCUGCCGCUGCCUCUACUGGUACUCCCAAGGUCGAGGCUCCUAAGAAAACUGACAAAGUUGAGGAGCCAAACAAGGCUGAAGAAGAGAAGCCGCCCGCUGAGCCUGUCGCAGACAAUGGCGACACGGAAGAGGAUGAAAUUGAGCGCAUGAUUCGGGAAAUGGAAGAGGCCGAUGCCAAACGCGAGAAAGAAGAAGAAGAGCACCGUAAGCGGGUUGAAGCCGAAAAGGCUGAACAAAAGAAGAAGGAUGAAGAAAAUCGCAAGUCCAGCGCUGCCGAUGAAGACCGCAGACUCCGGGAGCAGGAACGCGAGAUGGAACGCCUGGAGGAAGAAAAGGAGCGACGUCAAAAGGAGGCUGAAGCCUCUGGCAAGACAAUGUCAGUUGCAGAGGCCCUUGCUGCUGCCCGAAGUGUCAGGGACGGCGACGCCGCCAAUGUCGACUCUGUUACCGACAAACUGUCUGGCAUGAAGAUUGCCGAAGAGAAGGCUACUGGCGAUGCCGCUGGUCAGAAACGCUCAGCCAAGCCUGCCGCCCUCAACCUAACACCUCUCAACACCAAGCCCGUCGAUCCUCCUCAGCCCAGUGCAGCUCUUCAGUCCCUCAAGUCCUCUCGGUUCCUGCAGGUCAUGGAUCAGGAGAUUUACCCGACUGGCAUCAACUCCCCGAACCCUGCAUUGAACGCCGCUGUCGCUAAGAAGGGCAAGAGCUUCAAGUAUGACGCUGCUUUCCUGCUGCAGUUCCAAAAGGUCUUCACCGAGCAACCCUCUGUAGAGUUCCACCAGCAGGUCAAGUCCCUAAUCGGAGACGGUGACCGUUCUGCCCGCGCCCAGACGCCUAGACAGCCUUCUAACCGCGGCAGCAACACCUUCUCCAUGGGGACGUUCAACGCUCCUCCAGGCCGCACGUUGCCGUCAGGUACUACCUCCGAGCAGCGCAUGGCCAUGUCCAGUGGCACCAUGCCUCGACCCCCCGUUGGCUCAAUUGGAUCAUUCCGAGGCCCUGGUGGUGGGUUCCCAGGCACCGCCAUGUCUCGUACCUCAUCACAGUCUAGAGCCGCUGGCCCCAACUCGCCCAGUGGCCGCCAGUCUAGCCGCUCUACCCGCGGUAGCCGACGUGAUUUCAACACCAAGGAAGCCCAGGCUGCUAAGACCAUGCCCCUAACCGCUGGUCAGGAGAUCAAACCGAUUGCCAUCACUUCCAACGGUUGGAAGCCGACCAGUGUUGGCAACAAGCCUUCUGCGUCUGCUCCUGCUGCCAAUGCCAGCGGUUACCUUGACCCUGAAUUGGUGCAGAGAAAAGUCAAGGCCGCCCUCAACAAGAUGACCCCGGAGAACUUUGACAGAAUCGCCGACCAGAUCCUCACGAUUGCCGGGCAAUCCAAGGAUGAGUCUGAUGGCCGCACUCUCCGUCAAGUCAUUCAGCUUACCUUUGAAAAGGCCACUGAUGAAGCGCACUGGGCCUCCAUGUACGCCAAGUUCUGCAAGCGUAUGCUUGAGAACAUGAGCGCAGACGUUCGCGACGAACGCAUCAAGGAUAAAAAUGGCAACGUUGUCAGUGGUGGCAAUUUGUUCAGGAAGUACCUUCUCAACAGAUGCCAGGAAGAGUUUGAGAGUGGCUGGAGCUCUAAUUUGCCUCAACUUAAGGAGGAAGAGGGUGCAGAGGACAGCUCCAAGAAGACGCUUGGUGACGCAGCUAUGCUGUCUGAUGAAUACUACGAAGCUGCCGCCGCCAAGCGACGUGGUCUUGGUCUUGUCCAGUUCAUCGGUGAGCUGUACAAGCUCGGCAUGUUGACUGAGCGUAUCAUGCACGAAUGUGUUCACAAACUUGUCGACUAUAAGGGUGUCCCUGAUGAGGCCGAAAUUGAGUCCCUCAGCAAGCUGUUGCGCACCAUUGGUGCCAAUUUGGAUGCCACCGAAAAGGGCCGUCCCAUGAUGGACGCUUACUUCCAACGCAUUCAGAACAUGGCUGAGCUUCCUGAGCUGCAGAGCAGAAUGAAGUUUAUGCUUAUGGAUGUUCUUGAUUUGCGUAGGGCCAACUGGGUCUCCAAGGAAGCCAACAAGGGCCCCAAGACUCUCGAUGAAGUGCGUGCCGAAGCCGAAGCCCAGGCUGCCAAGGCCCAAGAGUCCGCUCGAACCAACUCUCGUGGCGGUCCUGGUCGCCCUGCCAUGGGCCGUGGUGACGCUCGCAACUUUUCUGGCGGCUAUGUGCAGCAAACCAGCAACCAGGUUGGCAUGGACGACCUCCGACGUCUCAAGGGCUCUGCUAGCAGAACCGCCAGCCAGAACGUCACCCUUGGUCCAUCCUCUAUGUUUGCUUCCCGUAGUAACAGUGGCCGACGUCUCGGACCGGGAGGCUCCCUGGGUCGUCCUGGUGAAGACUCUGGAGCAUCGUCUCGAACUGGGACUCCUCCCAAUCGUGAUAGCACCUCCAACACGAACGCAUUCAGCCUACUCGCGAAUAUGGUAGAUGCCGAACACCCCGCCUCACCUCCAUCCGCAGGACCCUCUCCUCUUCUGGCCAAGGCUGUUCCCGACAGCGAUAAGAAGGAGAGCGAGUAA